AGGAGUAUUAUCUUUGAUAAAAUCAUGUACUACGAUUUUAAAAAAAAAAAAAUCGAGAAUUUAUAAUGAGACGGUUGGCAUUUUGAGGGAAAGGAAGAAAGGUGUAGUUGUGGAAGAAGAGCAGAAGAAGAUGAAGAGUGUCGCUUCGUCCCUACCGCAUCGCUUUAUCCCUCGUUUCGCUCCUUUCUUCUCUUCUUCUUCUUCUUCCUCCCUCUUAGUUGGUGUUAAGAUUAACAGGAACAAUAAUGGCGGCAAUUAUCCUUCACUCCUCUCCCCAUUCAAAUCGCAAACACGCAUGGCUUCCACCAAUCAGAGUGCUUCCACUGCCGCCGAUGUCAACCCCCAACUUAAUGUUUUCCAACUCAUCCAAGCUCACCAGGAAAAAGCUGCUAGGCUGCCUCCUAUAGAGGAAAUUAGGACACUUCUCAAUUACAGCUUACGCGGAGUCCUUUCUACUUUCUCUCUGAAGUAUGAGGGGUACCCAUCAGGGUCCAUGGUGGACUUUGCUUGUGAUGCUUAUGGAUCUCCAAUAUUAGCAGUUAGUAGUUUGGCAGUUCAUACCAAGGACCUUUUAGCAAGUCCCAGGUGCUCGUUGCUUGUGGCGAAAGAUCCUGAGGAUAGGACCGAUCUAGUUAUUGUAGUGCACGGUGAUGCCCUCCCUGUUGCUGACACUGAUAAGGAAGCUAUUCGUAGUGCAUAUUUGGCUAGACAUCCUGAGGCUUUCUGGGUCGACUUUGGUGACUUCCAGUUCCUGCGGAUUGAACCUAAAGUUGUUAGAUAUGUGUCAGGAGUUGCAACAGCUUUAUUAGGAUCGGGAGAAUUCGGCAAGGAGGAAUUUAGAACAGCAAAAGUGGAUCCUAUAUACCAAUUCUCAAAGCCUAUAACGUCCCACAUGAAUAAAGAUCAUGCAGAUGAGACAAAGCUGAUAGUCCAGCACUCUACCUCUGUUCCGGUGGAAUUCGCAGAGAUGUUGGACAUAGACAGUCUGGGUUUUAACGUGAAGGCUGGUUGUGAAGGGAACAAUUUCAAGCUCCGGAUCCCUUUCACAAGGCGUGCUACCGAUAGAAAGGAUGUGAAGACACUGAUAGUAGAAAUGCUUGAAGCUGCCAGAAGUCAGGCUCAGGCGGCUUGAUUAAAUAAAUGUAUCGCUGCAUCUUUAUGCUUAUUAAAUAAUAAUGUACUCUACCCCUCAAAAAGAAAAAUAAUGUACUCUAAUUUUACAAAUUUGUAUGGUUUCCACUUGUAGUACUACCAUAGCUUCUUCAACUUUCUUUUCUCUAAGCAUGAUGAAAUCCAUAGCGUCGUUGUCAAGUAAA